GCUUUGUUCGCGUUAUAUCUCUGGUUAUAUCAGGGUUAUAUACACUUUCGGCAUACGAGUGCACUUGCCCGCUGUUGCCUUUGGUUGCCCUGGACCAUAGACUGCCAUGGACAGAGCAGGAUAGAGAGCAUGAAACAUUUACAGUGGCGGGAGAGUUACCUCAUUUCUGGUUAAAUCAAAUUGCGAAACCGGGCCUAAAUCCUAAUAUAUUAUGCGAAUAAAGUAUAUACAUUUACAUAGAAAAAAAUAAAAGGUACGUCCUCUUCCGAGUGACAAUUAUGCAAAUUUCACCAGCGAAAGGUGAACAAUCUCCGCUGGCAAAAUUGUUUCGGGGAAAAAAUCUUACUGGCAAUCCUCGUAUUGUCAGAGAUUUAGUUGCUAGUCUGCAUAAUAAUAUUCAAGAGUGGAAUAUCAUCCACUUACAUGGCCUGGACAUUUUAAAAAAUAUAACAAGUAUUAAAAAAGAUGGGGAAUAUUCAAAUCAAUUGGACAUUCUUUGUAAUGAUUUAGAAGACGAUUGCAUUAAAUUGCACGAAAUUGUUAAAAAUUUGGAACAUCUUUCGUAUCAAUUAAGGACUGCAGUAUUAUUAAAAAAGGAACCUAAGAAUCUAUUUUUGACAUGGCCAAUUGAAAAAUAUGGACAUGUGGCAGAAAUCAUAUACAACGCAUAUAAAAAUGAGGUUGCUGUUAAAUACAGCAUCCUUGAAAAUGUAGCUCAUGACCAUCGAGAAUCUGCAAAGAUGCUACACUUGGCUAUGUGGGUUCGACAAGUGGAAAUACCUGAGAACAUAAAUUUAUUAUUAGAGUCUAUGCUACUUGAAACUGGAUUUCGAUGAUCCAGGCUAGAACAUGAUUGCAUCUUAGAUGGCCAGUUAUUCUCAAGUAAGGAAUCAACAUAACACCAUUAACAUUACAACUACCAAGACGGGUCAAAAUGACUUGUUUCGAAUGACUCAUCUUAUAAAAAACAAUCUGCCGGUCGUUCUAGUGUUAAGGUAUUUUAAUUGGCUCUACACUUAACUCCCUUUUAGAUAAAUAAUCAAUGAAAAAGUUAAAUACAUUUUUUUUUCAAGCGGCUCAUUGACACUAAAACUACUGACAGUUUAUAUACAGAAUGGAGCGUUAUACUCGAAAUGCCAUCAUAUGUAAUAACUCAUUUCUUACCGAAAAACCUUAAAAAACUUUGUAUCAAAUAUACUUAUUUUCAAAUUAGUUUUCUCAGAAAACGUAGUCUGAAAAAACUGACUUAUAAACUAAAGAUUGUAUGACAAAAAUAAAUAAAAUCUAUUUAACUGA